ACCAAAAUGUCGCUCCAAAAUGGCUGAUAGUGAACGAGAAGAAAAGCUGGCUGCUGCCAGAAAACGGCUGAAAAAAUUUCAACAAAAACGGACGCCAUCUUCGAGUUCAGCCUUGAAGAAGACUCAUAAAAACACUGAUGUUUUACCUACGAAUUUGAGUUUUACGGGUUCCGAUUCCAGUGCUGAGGUUCCUACAGGACAUGAAAAUACACCGGAUGAAUCAAAUUUGAAUGGAUCCUCUAACCCAACAAAAACAGUUUUGGAGGAUUCUUUACAAAUUAAAGAUAAUUCCAGUCCAAAGGAAAAGACCUUUCCUCCUGUGAUAUCAGAAAACCAUGUUGAUAGAAUAGCACCUGUAUCCAAUGGACGUAAUGGAUCCACAGCAGAAAAGAUUCGCCAAAUUUGUAACCAGCUGAAUGGACUUACAAAUCAGGAUUUCCUGACAAAUGGUGAAGAUCCAGUGAUAAAUGAAAUAGAAGCUCUAGAGGCCCAUAAUCAUGAACUUGAAGAAACCUUGCAGUCUUACAAGAGAACAAAUGAACAGCUUAACAAUCAAGUCAAUGAACAGAGAAAACAAAUACUUCAAUUUCAAGACCAAAUCAAAAGAGAAAGAACAGAGCUAGCAAACAGACAGUUAUUAGAACAAAGAUCAUUAAAGGAACAACUAGAGGUUCAUAUACAAACAAUUGGUAUUCUUGUUAGUGAAAAACAAGAGUUACAAAGUUCCUUGUCCCAACUACAGAGAAAAUGUGUGAACAAAGAAAGUGAGAAUAGUGAACUCACUGGUAGACUGCAGGCAGUCCGACAGAAGAUUGUUGAACUUGAGAAAAACAAUGCAAAUCUCUCAGCAAACUUAGAAAAAUAUAAAGAGGAUUUUCAUCAUGUAAGACAAGAGAGAGACAAAAGUCAAACAGCUAACUACACCUACAACAAAGAAAAAGAAGAACUGUUACAACAGAAUGAAGAACUCAAGGUUAAACUUGAUGCAAAGGUUUCUGAAUAUAAUGAAUUUGAAAAGUCUUCAGAAGAGUUGAGUUUUAAGCUCAAACAAGCAGAACUCAUUGUACAACAGCUGUCAACCGAUUCUAAUGCUAUUGCCACACAGUCCCUUGUUCAGCAACUACAACAAGAAAAAACAACAUUAGAGAUGAAAUUAGAACAGAUUUCAAAGUCCUUAAAAAGAUAUGAAUUAGAUAAUGAAGAACUACGGCAAAGACACACAGAUGAAGUUGAUCACUUUGAGCAGCAAAUACGAUCCUUGAAGGAACAGAUUGAUGCUUUAGAGCAAGAGAACAAAGACUUGGAGAACAAGGAACUGACAUUGCAAGAAACUGUACACAGUUUACAGACACAAUUAGCGAAUACCCAAGAUGAAGAUGCUUUUCAAAUCCAAGAAACCUCCUCCAUGGCAGCAGCACAUAUUGAGAAGCUAACACAAGAAAAACAGCAGCUGAUAGACCAUCUACAAAAUGAGGUCCAAAAGAAUGCCAAGCUUGCAAAACUGGAAAGUGUACAGGGUGAUAAAGAAACUAUAAGCAGAGCUUUGAAGCAAAAUAAAGAAUUGAAAGAAAAACUUGAACAGAUUGAAGACCGAUUCGUAAAAUUGACGAAUGACAACAUGGAGCUGGCGACUCAGAUUGAAACCGAGAAACACGUAUCUAGAGAAUUGGCGAUAAAACUGAGUGAGACUGCUGUGGAAUUGGAAGAAACAAAAGACAAGUUAUCGAAAAGUGAUGGCGAGUUGACUGUGAAGACAGGCGAACUUGACUCCAUCCAAGAAAAGCUUCACGGCACAAGCUCCGAAGUGGACUCGCUACGAACGGAAAGCGAAUUGUCAUUACAGCGUCUGAAAGAACAGUUGGCUCAUAAAGAUUUCGAGUUAUCAUCGCUCAGAGAAGAGCUAUCAACGACAUCUGAAAAACUGGAUUCAGAGCAGGCCCAACUAAGCAAUUACUACAAACAGUACGAACAACAAAUCCAAAAGGCACAAUCAUUGUAUCAACAUCUACAAAAUGCCGAGGAUACAAUCAAUCAGCUGAUAACAGAGAACAAACAACUGCGAACAGUUCUCGAUGCCCAUAACGACACGGUGUCUGGGGAGUCUGAAGACAGCGAUAGUAGUGCUGAAGAACAUUACGAAAAGGAUGACGGGAAGAAUACGGGUGAAAACACCCAAGACGAACAUGUGAGCAGCGAUGAAGAAGGCAUUCAAAUAAAACGACUGGCACCCAGUGAAGUCAAGACAACAACCCCGAAUAUCCACCCUCCCCUAGAGCGGUCAUAUAUCAAUGGGGACACAUAUGAAGGUGCACAGGAUGAUACGACAUCGGAUGAAGACAUGGAUAUUACUCCUCCUACGCAUGAUAGAAGUCCGACUCAGAUGUCCAAGUACACUAAUCGAGAGGACGUGAUCGAGGGUUUGUCUGUAUCAAUACGACAGCUCGAAAUGGAACGUAAUCAACUGACCAACCUACUCAAUACAUACAAAGACACUCAUCAAAAGGAUCUACAGAAACUACAAGAACAUAUGCAGCUACAGCUGCAGCAGCAGUUACAACAACAGUAUAGACAGGUUCAAGAACAAUUUCAACAAACUCUACACGAACAGCAACAAAAAAUCCUUCUAUUCCAAGAAGUUCUACAAAAACAAAAAUCCCAAAUAGAAAAACAAUCUGAGAAUGAAGACGUAUCUGGUCAGGCUGAGGUGAACAUAUCCUAUGAGGAGCUCAAAGUCUCUUUCAACAGACUACAGGGGAAGUUCAAGAACUUGAUGGAUGAAAAGGUUAAUUUACAAGAAAAAGUCCAUGAGCUUGAGCACUUGACUGAUCAGUUGUCGUUCGAGACUGAAACGAUUGAGGAGUAUGUGACCCUGUACCAGACUCAGCGUGCUGCUUUGAAGGCUUACUACAAUGAGCGAGAAAAGAUUAUUACUCAGCUGUCAAACGAAAAAGGAGAUAUGCAGAACAAAAUAAUCCAACUCCAGGCUCUAGUCAAGCAGCUACUAGACGAGCGACAAGUCCUAAAGCAAGAAGAAUAUCAGUUACACAACAUCGUCAACAAAAGAAUGCUAGCACAUGAGCACGAACGCGUCAUCCCUGACUACCAAGAAGGCGACCAGAUUCUUAUUGGCACUAAUGAAGUAUCUUUGAACUCUGAUCUAGAGAGCUCGUCUGUAAACUUAGACAAUUCAUUGGACAGUGGGCGAGAAAGCCCAGAUCAAAUAAAUGAGCUCGACUCGGCUUACCAGUCUUCAAAAGGCGACCAGGCGGACGGCACUGCACAGCAAAUUCUUCAACUACUUGAACAAUUAGGCCCUACUGAGGAGGGUACUGUAAGGGGAUGGAUGUCGCCUGCUGUACGAAGAAGGAACUUUUUACCCUGUCGACACUGCAGUGGAAGUCGGAUGCUCGAGUUAUAAUUUAUUUUAGUCUGAAAUAGAAUAGUCAAUACUUUACAAAAGAUGGACGCCAAUGCGAUCAUUUAGUCAAAAAUGUUAUCAUGUGCUGCAACCCCGCCAGAUAUCUCCAGAUAUACCGACUCUUUGUACUGUCAUUAUCCAUAUUCCAAAUUUACAUCGUUAGAGCGGUUUUUUUAUGUGUGGGGAUAUACCUUAACUACGCAAUGUGAUUGGAUGAAUUACUCGAAGACAAUGGAAAGCCAUUUCAGUGUCGUGCUGUAAGGCAGUAACGUAUGUUUCCCACUCAUAAGAAAAUUCUUUUUUGACAAAUGCCAAAACAGUAAAGUCUUAGGAGCGAUUGAGGUUGCACAACCAUGGAUAGCGCUUGAAAGGCUGAAAGGCUGGCAAAUUUAACUUUCUUGCUUACGAGUACAACGAAACAAAUCAUUAGGCUAGCCAGUUCAGUCGGAAUACUAAAGCAUGGACAACUCUAAAUUUAACAUAUAUAUUACUUUUUCUUUCUAUGCGACUCUUGAAGUAAUGUUCUGGCUCUUUUUCUCAGCCUUUCUAUGAUAAUUACCUUGGGGUCGAGAGGCUCUAUCGCUCCGCUGCUUCUCGGCUUCUCUUUCGCGAUAGCGAAACCUACGACCGAAAAGCACUGGUGGGCAUGAUUUGAGACAAGUAGAAGGGAGCGUAUAGGCAUUUUAGGGAGACGAGGCAAAUAUACGUCCUUUAUUGAGAAGAGGGAGUAGAAGAGAAAUUAUGGCGUUGGAAACUUGAAUUUUUGCCUUCAUUAUUAUCACUAGAUAAAUCAUAUUCUUAUUUUACCGGUUCAUCCUGUUUUGACAAAUACGGCAGAUUUAUACGAGUGGGAAACCUUUCGCGCCUAACUUUGAAAUGGCUUCUGAUUUGAAGCGCUGUGAUUGGACCAUUUUCAGAUACUGUACUAGCAUUAUGAUUGGUUCAAACCGGACGCCAUUUGAGGGUUGGAUGCUGGAAGUAAAAUCCACUUCUACGAAAUUUACUGGGGUGAAAAAAUUAUCGUACAAAAACCAAUUUAAAAACAAAAUUUUUGCGAAAUUCGCUUCUCACGGUCAAGAUAGGGAAAUAAUUAAUUGAAGAUAGGAGAUUAUUUCCAAACAACGUUACCCAGUAGUCCAAACUAAUAUAACAUAGAUAAUUAUACAGCUUCUCAUUAAUCCCAUAUAGGUAACUGUCCAAUUAUUUUCUUAAUUGGACAGGUCUUGUUGAUAUGGGAUUAAUUAGGCAGCUAUAUAAUUAAUAGGUAAUGGGAUUUUAUGCUGUCCAAUCAAGAAAUAAUUAGACUUGAAAAAUUCCUCUGACUGCCAAAUUUUGUCAGUCUUGGAAUUUUCCGCGUCCAAUUAUUUCUUAAUUGGACAGCAUGGAGUCCUAUAACAUAUACUAAUGCAACCAGUAUCUUAUGCCCAGACUGAUAUUAUUUAAAUAAAUUAGAAAAUAAAUCCAAUGGCACGAAUCGAUGGGUGAACGUGCUGGAGUAUUUACACGGGAUAAAAAUUAUAAGGUAAUGAAAUAUUUUUACUAGUAAUACAUGUAAAAUAUAUAUAAAGAAAUUCCUUUAAUAAAGUGGAAAUUCUUUCUGUUUA